AUGGUGUUGCAGAACUACUUCAACCACGGGCAAGGCGGUGUCUUCUUCUUCGGCAUGGUCAACGGUGCCGGGUCAACCAUCACGGGCCUUUUUGAAGGAAACAAAGCCACAGAAGGGGGUGUUCUGGUCGCAGAUACUGUCGAUUGCGACGGUGAACUGACUCUCACAGGUACCUACACUAACAACGCCGCCGAGGACUUCUAUGGUCACUGUGGCAGUCGGGGCGGUGCUAUUACGGUUAGGAGAGUGGACGGGGGAACGACAGUGACAAUCGAUGGAACAUUCGAGAACAAUAUCGGAGGCGUGUUCGGCGGAGUGCUCAGGAAUGACCGGAUACUCAACAACGCGAGAAUUAAUCUCUACGGCGACUUCACGGACAACACGGCUGAGGACGGGAAUAUAGCCAACAUGCGAGUACUCGCCAGCGGUUCCAUAUUCCACUUCGCGCCAUCGAACAUUGACACCAUCUCUGCGGAUGACAUACAAUUCUCCAGCGAUGCAUGCACGGAUACAAGCACUAAGGAGAACGUGAUCACAUGUGAGAACUAACCAG